AUGAGCCGAGCAGCUCCAGUGAACCAUACAAAUGGUCCACCGAGAGAUAAACAACCCUAUAUUCAAAAUGCAGUGAAUAACUUGAUCGAAAUUUCGGAUUCGGACUCCGAAGGCUAUGGAGAUGCUUUUAAUGUACCUCAAGUCCCCGCACAUCCCCCACAUCUAAAUUUACAACAUCAUCAACUCGGAGGGUAUUUUGGUGCCAAUAACCAGAUCUUUGAUCUCGAGGAUAACAACCUAGUGUACCCGGGUCGAUUACCUCAACCCGCAGUUGCAGCUGCACCCGAACAUAAAGCAAUGGCCAGAAAUCCUUCGUCUGUCAAGAACGAAGAAGGGGAAAUGAAUUGGGCUCAGUGGAUGGAUGAGGAAAAUGACGAAGGUAUCAAUCGUGUACUGUUAGAAGAUUAUACCUUUCGAGCGGAAUACAAUCGAGCUUCACAACAUUCUCCUUCAUUUGUUGAUCCUUCUCGUCUCCAUCAACCAUUUCAACCAUCACCAGACAACUUAAAUCAACCUAUUAUGGAAACAAAGACGGAGUGUAUUAAUUCAGUUGUUGCUGUCUUCCCAGAGAUUUGCAGGGAUCACGUCAAUAGUCUUUAUGAAAAGGUAUCUUUCACUUCUGGUCGAUUGAUUGCUCACAUACUGGAUCAAGCGGACACUGGAACCCCUUACCCAAAAGCAAAAGAUGUCCAGAAGCAAUUGAAGAGAAAGAGAGUACUCACCGAAGAAGAGGAAGCUGUACAAAAAUAUGAAGCUGCCGGUCGCAUCGUUGGGCCUGCUUUGUAUCUGGAGCGGACACUAAUUCGGAGCAUCCUUUCAUUUGAGUUUCCAGUAAUUCCAUUGAUCUUUGUAGAUGAAACACUACGCUCUACUGGCCAUCGUCUUUUUUCCGCCUACCGCACACUCGAGGAAGCAGAUCGAACUUUUGAUCCUAAUAAUCCAUCAUAUAGGAGAAUUAAAACUCCAAGAAAAAUGCCACAUGAAUACCAAGAUGGUAGAAUUGAGGAAGCCAUUCAAAAGAAUGAAUCGCCCGAGAAGACGGAGACUUUAAAAGAACUACUCGUAUGUCGGAAGAUUCGAAAGACUGCGGAAAGUCGUCGCCUCGCCGAACAAGAAGCAAUACUUGCGGAAGAAGAGAAUCUAAAGAAAGCUGAAGCCGAGGGAACUAUGUCAGAAUGCUGCUGUUGCUUUUCGGACUAUCCACUCAAUCGCAUGGUUCAUUGCAACAAUGAAGAAGUCCUACAUUGGUUUUGCCGUGGGUGUGCACGACAAUCAGCGGAGACCGAAAUCGGAAAUUCUAAGUAUCUACUCAUGUGUAUGUCCACGGAUGGAUGUGAAGCAGGGUUUUCUCUUGAACAAAGAAAUCAAUUCCUCGACGAAUUAACCAUCGUCGCCUUGGAACGGAAUGAAGCAGAAGCAGUCUUACGUAUGGCUGGUAUUGAAAAUCUCGCCAGUUGUCCAUUUUGUCCAUUCGCAGCAGAAUAUCCUCCUGUCGAAGUUAAUCGAGAAUUUCGAUGUCAAGCUCCUGAUUGCGAAAAGGUCAGUUGUCGACUUUGUAAAUUGGAGUCACAUAUUCCUAUGACUUGUGAAGAAAAUACAAAGGCAAAUGGUCUCUCGAUUAGACGACAGAUUGAGGAAGCAAUGUCUGCAGCGAUGAUUAGGACUUGUAACAAAUGUGGUACUCCAUUUGUAAAGGAAGAAGGUUGCAAUAAAAUGACAUGCACACGCAAUGGAUGUUACAACGUCCAAUGCUAUGUUUGUUCCAAAUCGUGCAACUACGAUCAUUUUAAUGAUGUGAGGAGAGGUGGUAAAGAAGGAAAUUGUCCACUAUUUGAAUCAGUGGAGGAACGACAUAACGAUGAAGUUAAGAAGGCCGAAAAAGAAGCACUGGAUAAAGUUCGUGCAGAGCAUCCCGAAUAUUCCGAGGAGGACUUGAGAAUUAAGAUGUCGGAAAAUGUCACCAAGGAUGAUGAAAGGAGAAAGGUUACGGAUCCAAGAAAUCCAUAUGCCUUUUAUCGACCGGUAGCAAUGGUACAACCACAAGAACUAGAAGCAUGGCCUCGUGAUCAUGAUUUGUACAUGCAUCGUGCGCGCAUGCUUCAGGAUCGGCUUAGGAGGCGUGGUCCAGGUGUAGGAAGGGUGAUGGGGAGGGAGGAUGGGAAAGAUGGAAGGGGAGGAGAUGGCGAAUUUGGGUUUCGGAACAUGGAAAAUAAUUGGGUUGGGGCUCCGCAGCGUGUGGAUGGUGGUGGGGAUGAAGGAGAAGAUGAGAAUGGGGAUGGGGAUGGGGACGUGGAAAUGAAUGAGAACGAAGGGGACAUGCAGCCUGAACUCCCGGCUCGGCGGAUGGAAGAGCUUUACUGGAAUCAAUUUUUUGAUCCAGUUGCUGCUCUUCGAUAUCUCGAAGAUGCGAGAGCGGUGAAUGGAAAUGUGGAGGGGGAGGUUCCGGGUGUAUUUCCGGCUCGUAUUCCUGUUCCUGUUCUAGCUCCAGCUCCAGUUCUAGCUCCAGUUCCAGCUCCAGUUCUAGCUCCAGUUCUAGCUCCAGCUCAAUUACCCAAUCCAAAACGGAUACGCAGACAGCGACAUCUGAUUGAGGAUUUGCAAAAGCAAAAAUUAGCUUUGAUGAAAAAGGUUGAGGGUCGGAAUAGGGGGUUGCUGGGUGAUGAUUUUGAGAGGAGGGGGAUGAUGGAUCUGAUGGGGCAGAUGGAUGAGGGUAUGGAGGUUGAGGGUGAGGAUGAGGAAGAGGAUGGGAAUGGGAAUGGGAAUGGGAAUGGAAAUGGAAAGCUUCCUAUUUCUCAAAUGCCUCAAGCACCGCGGAUGGUUGCGAAAAAUGGAGGUGAGAAGAGAGAUGCAGAGAGUAGGGGUGAGUUAUUGAGGGAAAUGGGAGAGGCGCAUCGUUUGCGCAAUGAAGAGAGGAUGAGGGUAAGGGGGGUCGAGCUACGGAGGGAGUUGAGAGGAGAUCAAGACUUGCUAGGUGAGGACAGAGAAGAGGCUGUGAAUCUGCCAAGUCCUGUCUUACCGAUUGCUCUAGCGCAACCGGUAUGGAUUGCGGGGGAGAAUGCAUAUGCAGAUGGAAAUGCGGCUGCGGCUGCAGGGAGGGAGAGGGGGAGAAAUCAAGACGGAGAAAGAGAAAGAAAACGAAGAGCUCAGGAAGUCGCUCGGAUUCGUGAAUGGUAUGGAUUACAGUUUGAGAAUAUGAAUGGGAAUGGAAAUGAGAAUGAGAAUAAUCAGUUUCCCAUUUAUCCUCCUCUACCUCUACCUCUACCCCGGUCUCCUAUCGCCGGACCCCCUCGUCUAGAAAUUGGAGAUGCAGGAGAAAUUAGAGGGAUUGUGGAGAAUGCUCCUCCUCCUCCUCCUGUUCCUCUUUGGGUUGGGUAUGAAAAUCGAUUGGGCAGGGAUAGAGAUGGUUUGGCUGGAUAUUGGAGACGGGGCGAAAUGUUUGAUGGGGGGGUUUUGCUUUUGGAGGUGGAGGUGGAGGUGGAGGUGUAG